AGCGCGAGCGCUCUGCUGGGGUCGGCGGUUGGUCGGACGGAGCCACGUCCCACGUCGUGUGGGGGUGGAAGCUAAAGCCUGCGUAGCCGCGCUGUGUCUCGGGCUUCGGCGUCUCCGGCGCGGCCCCUCUGCUCUCUGCGUCCUUCCAUUCCUUUCUGCGUGUCCGGGCGCCCGCUAGGAUCUGAGCCACUUCGAGGAGGGAGCGUCUGAGCCUCCGCGAGAAAAUUGGGCAAAGAUGUCUGAAUAUAUUCGGGUAACAGAAGAUGAGAACGAUGAGCCCAUUGAGAUACCAUCAGAAGACGAUGGAACAGUGUUGUUGUCCACAGUUACAGCCCAGUUUCCAGGGGCAUGCGGCCUGCGCUACCGGAAUCCCGUGUCUCAGUGUAUGCGGGGUGUUCGGCUGGUGGAAGGAAUCCUGCAUGCCCCGGAUGCCGGCUGGGGAAAUCUGGUGUAUGUUGUCAACUAUCCGAAAGAUAACAAAAGAAAAAUGGACGAGACAGAUGCUUCCUCAGCAGUGAAGGUGAAAAGAGCAGUCCAGAAAACAUCUGAUCUAAUAGUGUUGGGUCUCCCCUGGAAAACAACAGAACAAGAUCUUAAAGACUAUUUCAGCACUUUUGGAGAGGUUCUUAUGGUUCAGGUCAAGAAAGAUCUUAAAACUGGUCACUCAAAAGGGUUUGGCUUUGUUCGGUUUACGGAAUAUGAAACCCAAGUGAAAGUAAUGUCACAACGACAUAUGAUAGAUGGACGAUGGUGUGACUGUAAACUUCCCAAUUCUAAGCAAAGCCCAGAUGAACCUUUGAGAAGCAGAAAGGUGUUUGUUGGGCGUUGUACAGAGGAUAUGACUGCUGAAGAGCUUCAACAAUUCUUCUGUCAGUAUGGAGAAGUAGUAGAUGUCUUCAUUCCCAAACCAUUUAGGGCUUUUGCCUUUGUUACCUUUGCAGAUGAUAAGGUUGCCCAGUCUCUUUGUGGAGAGGAUUUGAUCAUUAAAGGAAUCAGCGUGCAUAUAUCCAAUGCUGAACCUAAGCAUAAUAGCAAUAGACAGUUAGAAAGAAGUGGAAGAUUUGGUGGUAAUCCAGGUGGCUUUGGGAAUCAGGGUGGGUUUGGUAACAGUAGAGGGGGUGGAGCUGGCUUGGGAAAUAACCAGGGUGGCAAUAUGGGUGGAGGAAUGAACUUUGGAGCUUUUAGCAUUAAUCCAGCGAUGAUGGCUGCAGCUCAGGCAGCAUUGCAGAGCAGUUGGGGUAUGAUGGGCAUGUUAGCCAGCCAACAGAACCAGUCAGGUCCAUCUGGUAAUAACCAAAGCCAGGGCAGCAUGCAAAGGGAGCCAAAUCAGACAUUUGGUUCGGGGAAUAAUUCCUAUAGUGGUUCUAAUUCUGGUGCCCCUCUUGGUUGGGGGUCAGCAUCAAAUGCAGGGUCAGGCAGUGGUUUUAAUGGCGGUUUUGGCUCAAGCAUGGAUUCUAAAUCCUCUGGCUGGGGAAUGUAGGCAGUGCUGGGGGAGGGGUGGUCGGUUGGUAGGUAGGUAGGUAUAGAAUGGUGGGAUUCAAAUUUUUCUAAACUCAUGGUAAGUAUAUUGUAAAAUACAUAUGUACUAAAAAUUUUCAGAUUGGUUUGUUCAGUGUGGAGUAUAUUCAGCAGUAUUUUUGACAUUUUUCUUUAGAAAAAGAGGAAAAGCUAAAUGAAUUUUAUAAGUUUUGUUAUAUAAAGGGUUAAAAUACUGAGUGGGUGAAAGUGAACUGCUGUUUGCCUAAUUGGUAAACCAACACUACAAUUGAUCUCAGAAGGUUUCUCUGUAAUAUUCUGUCAUUGGACUUGUUAAAUGGAUUCUUUGCAUGUUCAGAAUAGAAACCAUUGGUUAGAACUAUUCUUUUCUCAUUUUAAUUUGAAUCCCACCCUAUGAAUUUUUUCCUUAGGAAUAUCUCCAUUUGGGAGAUCAUGAUGUCAUGGUGUUUGGUUCUUUUGGUUUUGUUUUUAACACUUGUCUUCCUUCAUAUACGAAAGUACAAUAUGAAGCCUUCAUUUAAUCUCUGCAGUUCAUCUCAUUUCAAAUGUUUAUGGAAGAAGCACUUCAUUGAAAGUAGUGCUGUAAAUAUUCUGCCAUAGGAAUACUUCUGUCUACAUGCUUUCUCAUCCAAGAAUUCGUCAUCACGCUGCACAGGCUGCGUCUUUGACGGUGGGUGUUCCAUUUUUAUCCGCUACUCUUUAUUUCAUGGAGUCGUAUCAACGCUAUGAACGCAAGGCUGUGAUAUGGAACCAGAAGGCUGUUUGAACUUUUGAAACCUUGUGUGGGAUUGAUGGUGGUGCCGAGGCAUGAAAGGCUAGUAUGAGCGAGGAAAGGAGAGAGCGCGUGCAGAGACUUGGUGGUGCAAAAUGGAUAUUUUUUAACUUGGAGAGAUGUGUCACUCAAUCCUGUGGCUUUGGUGAGAGAGUGUGCAGAGAGCAAUGAUAGCAAAUAAACGUACGAAUGUUUCGCAUCAAAGGACAUCCACAUCUGUUGGAAGACUUUGAGUUUUGUUCCUAGAAAACCCACUUUAGUUGAAUGUGUUCAGUGAAAUACUUGUACUUCCCUCCCCUCUGUCAACUGCUGUGAAUGCUGUAAGUGUGUUCUCCUCUGCUACUGAGCUGGAAGUGUGGGCACGUGAACUGAAGCUGAUGGGCUGCGAACAUGGACUGAGCUUGUGGUGUGCUUUGCAGGAGAACUUGGAAGCAGAGUUCACCAGUGAGCUCAGGUGUCUCAAAGAGGGUGGACGUUCUCAUGUCUGUUAGCUAACAUAAGAAUGCUGUUUGCUGCAGUUCUGUGUCCUAUGCUUGGAUGCUUUUUAUAAGAGUUGUCAUUGUUGGAAAUUCUUAAAUAAAACUGAUUUAAAUAA